GGAAGUGGGGGCGCGGCAGCCGGGAGCUGGCCUGGGCGGCCGCGGGGUUUGGAUACUUGGAGGUUUGGGAGACUCCCGGCCGCUCGGGAGCAGGAGGGCCGCCCGGGUCUCCGCGGAGACGAUGGCAAAGGAAGAAGGAUCAUCUGUUGAACCCCGCCAAAGGAAAAAGCAACGAACUUCAGGAAGUCAGGAAGCCAAAGCAGAGAAGAUCCGCAGAACCCCAGCUCCCGAAAGAGCUCCAAAAUAUGUAUCAUUUCAACGUUUUGCAAAGAUCAUCAUUGGCUGUCUCGCAGCAGUUAUUAGUGGUAUGAUGCAUGUUUUCUACUUGUCGGCUUACCAUGAACGGAAAUUCUGGUUUUCCAACAGGCAGGAACUCGAGCGCGAAAUCACAUUUCAGGGUGACAGCGCCAUUUACUACUCCUAUUAUAAAGACUUGUUGAAGGCGCCUUCAUUUGAGAGAGGUGUUUACGAGCUGACGCACAACAAUAGAACUGUCUCCCUGAGGACUAUCAACGCCAUGCGGCAGAUGUCAUUGUACCCGGAACUUAUUGCAAGUGUGCUCUACCAAGCAACCGGUAGCAACGAAGUGAUUGAACCAGUGUAUUUCUACAUUGGCAUUGUGUUUGGAUUACAAGGGAUAUAUGUCACAGCUUUGUUUGUUACGAGCUGGCUUAUGAGUGGCACGUGGCUAGCAGGGAUGCUUACUGUUGCAUGGUUCCUGAUUAACAGGGUGGACACAACAAGAAUCGAGUACUCCAUUCCUUUAAGAGAAAACUGGGCUCUGCCGUAUUUUGCAUGCCAAGUUGCUGCACUUACAGGCUAUUUAAAAAGGAAUUUAAAUACUUAUGUAGAGAGGUUUUGCUACCUGUUGCUGAGUACCUCCACGUACACUUUCAUGAUGGUGUGGGAGUACAGCCACUACGUCUUGUUUCUCCAGGCAGUAUCCCUGCUGCUGCUAGAUAUCUUCUCAGUGGAACAGAGUGACAAGGUUUAUGAAGUAUAUAAAAUCUACAUAUUUUCUCUCUUCCUUGGGUAUUUGCUACAGUUUGAGAAUCCAGCCUUAUUGGUGUCUCCUUUAUUAAGUUUAGUAGGAGCGUUCAUGCUCGUUAAGUGCCUUCAGCUGAGUGGGAAAAAAGGAACUUUUGUGGCUAAAGUAAUCAAAGUGUUUGAGUUGUACUUGUUGUGUACUCUGCCGGUGACCUUGAAUCUUGUAGUGAAGAUGUUUGUCCCACACAAAGAAAAUGAGCAUGUGCUGAAAUUUCUUGAAGUAAAAUUUGGACUAAAUAUGACUAAGAAUUUUACAUUGAACUGGCUUCUUUGUCAAGAAUCUCUCCAGGCACCGUCCCAGGAUUUUUUUUUCCGAUUGACACAAUCUUCCCUGUUGCCAUUCUAUGUUUUAGUGUUAAUUAUCUGUCUUCUUUCUAUGACACAAGUGUUUUUUAGAAGGAUGAGUGGUAAGUCCAAGAAAGAAACUGUAACUGUUGAAGAUGGAAGAAUUGGAGGAAGGCCAGAAAUAAUGUAUCAUGUGAUUCACACUCUUUUGCUGGGCUCUCUUGCUAUGCUUAUGGAAGGCCUGAAAUUCAUUUGGACUCCUUACGUGUGCAUGUUGGCAGCAUUUGGCGUGUGUUCCCCCGAGCUUUGGAUGACACUUUUAAAGUGGCUUCGAUUGAGAACUGUACACCCAAUGUUGUUGGCUCUUAUUCUGAGCAUGGCAGUGCCCACUAUUAUAGGUCUUAGUUUGUGGAAAGAGUUUUUUCCACGAUUAAUUACAGAAUUAACAGAGCUACAAGAAUUCUAUGAUCCAGAUACAGUGGAACUUAUGACCUGGAUAAAGAGGCAAGCGCCGGUUGCAGCUGUGUUUGCAGGAAGCCCACAGUUGAUGGGUGUGAUUAAGCUGUGCACUGGAUGGACAGUGACAAGCCUGCCGCUUUACAGCGAUGAUGACCUUCUCAAGAGAAAUGAAAACAUUUACCAAAUCUAUUCAAAGCGAUCUGCUGAGGAUAUUUAUAAAAUACUGACAUCUUAUAAAGCUAACUACCUAAUUGUAGAAGACGCCAUCUGCAAUGAGAUGGGAACUGCGAGAGGCUGUAGGGUUAAAGACUUAUUAGAUAUUGCAAAUGGGCAUGUGGUUUUCGAAGAAGGUGACAAAUUAACCUAUUCAAAAUAUGGACGAUUUUGUCAUGAGGUCAAAAUUAACUACUCCCCAUAUGUGAAUUACUUCACUAGAGUGUACUGGAACAGAUCCUACUUUGUAUAUAAAGUCAACACUGUGAUUUCCUUCCAAUCUUGAAGAAUAACAGAGCCUUCAUUUCAAAGACAUGUUGCUUGAAGUAAAGUGCAGUUUUCUUGGACCUGCACAGUGUCUUACGGAUGGAGUGUGGGUAUCUGAAAGUCUCCCCACGCCUGCCGAGUCCUGGGUUUAGAGUCUCCUUGGAAGUAGAUGCUGAGAUGUUGAUGUCUUCUAGUAAAAUGUCCAGUCCCCCACUGAGUCUGACCGCUUUCUCCCUCAGUACAUGACGCACGCGUUCCCUGAAGCAUCCAUCAUCUCAAACCUUACUCUGUAAUAGCGGUCUGUAUUGGAAUAUUUUCCAAGGUCACCGUUUACUUCAGAAACAUAAUUUUAAUUAAGUACUUAAUGUGAUUUAAUUCUAUAAUACAAGGGAAAGUCUCCAAGGAAGUUUGUAACAGAUGUAAAUUUUUUACAAUUAAAAAUAAUUGAAAUGUUAGUUAAAAAUAUGUGACAUUUAAAUUAAAAUGGGAAUAACAUAAAGGAAAGUGAUUGUUUUUAUGAUACUGUUCCUGUCAUCUGCUACUUAAGUGAGUGACCACAUUCUUAGUGAAACAUAGGAUGAGUUCAUACAUUUGUUUCUUAUGCCCACUAAGUUGAUAACAAUUUAAUCAUGCUAAAACAGUAGCUCAUGUUAAUAGAUACAUACAUAUGUAAAUGAACAUUUAGAAUAAUUUUACAGUUGUUUUGGAUGUGGAACAUACAACCUAGUCACAUUUUUUAUGAACAUAUUAACACUAUCACAUAAUAAUGUAUGCACUAACAUGUGCAUCAAUUUCGGAGGUAUAUGCAGAUGCUCUUAAAUAUAAGAGCAAAGUGAGAGUUAAAUUCUCAACAGUUCAGAGUAUAAGUGUUAUAUUCCUUCAUGUAUUUUCAUUUUUAUAUCAUUAGAGGAAAUUGUAAGCCAGUGUAGUGGCACACGCCUUUAAUCCCAGCACUUGGGAGGCAGAGGCAGGUAAAUCUCUGUGAGUUUGAGGCCAGCCUGGUCUACAGAGUGAGAUCCAGGACAGCCCAGAGAGCUACAUAGGUAAGCCCCUGUUUUGUUUUUUGGAGGGGGAGGGAAGAAAUUUUAAAUUAAUAUGGCCUCUUAAAGAGAUCAGGAUAGAUAAAGCCUAUAGAGAAUUAGUUUUAAUAAGACACACAUUUAAUUUUACAUUAUAUAGUUGUUUUGUGAACAAGUUCUAUACUUUUAUUUAUUAGAAUGCUAUAAAAUUGCAUUUUAAGAACUCCAGAUUAGGAAAAAAGGUAUUUCCUUUUUUUUAAAAAAAUGUAUAUGUACUUUUUUUUUUCAAGUUUGUGCACUCAGAGUAACUUGUAGAGCUUAAGUGACAUCUGUCAUAUCCUCCAGUCUAGUGUCAAUGGCCCUGUGCACUAUUUUCCAUGCUUAUGCUGACUGGAGACAAGCAGCUGUGGCACUGCAUCUCGGAUGGAGAUGAAGAUCUUGGUAGUCACUAGUGUUUAACAGGGCUUUAUGAAAAAUUGCCUGCUACUCAAGUACACUCUGAGUAGCCAUGUGGUCAUUCUUGGGAUCAAUUUUCCUUGUAAUAUGAUUUUUUUUUUGCAAUUCCUUUGUAAAAUGAAUUGAAUUUUUAUUGACAUAACAUGUGCUAAGUUAGUUUUAGUUUUUAUUUUGUUUUGUUUGCUGUAUUAGUAAGCUGCUUUUGCUUCUGUCAAUCUAUUUCUUAAAUAGAGAUAGAGAAUCUUUUUAUUAUAAGUUCAUAAUCAGUCCCAGGCAUGAUGGUGAACUCUUUUAAACCCAGCAUUCAGGAGGAGGCAGAGGCAGGCAGUUCUCUGAGUUCGAAACCAGUCUGGUUUACAUAGUGAUAGUGCGUUCCAGAAUAGCCAAAGCUACCAAAAAAAAAAAAAAAAAAAAGGUUUAGCUUUAUUAUAGAAAUGGCAAUAUUGGCUGAGGAUGUGUUGAUCAGUGACAUAGUUCUGGGCUAGAGCGCACACAAGUCCCUGCAUUCAGCUCCUAGCACCACGGUGGGUGUGGGAUGUGGUGUGUGUGUGUGUGGGGGGGGGGAGACAAAUGAAGAAAAGAAUGAAAUGAUAAUAUUAGGUAUCAGAUAAGUUGAUUCACUUCGAUCUGAGCUGUCACUAAGACAGCACUAUGUUGUUGCAAGCAUUUGAUUUUUUUCUUCAGUUAUUUGGGGAGUAACAAGUAAAAAAUUCUACUCCUUGCUAUUACAAUUACUCAUUACAGUUGGGUAAUGGAACAGCUGUCUGGGCCACCGGUGAGCGGGGUUGACAGGAUUUGGAUGGGAAACAGCUCCUCUAAGAAAUAUUGACCAUACUUGCUCUUAAUAUAACAAACCCAUUGAAAUAAGUGCCUUAACUUCUUUAUUUUCUAAAUUCAUCUUAUAUUUUAUAUCAUAUUACCUAUUUUCGUUUCCAUAAGAAAAUAUUGUUAGCUUUUGCCACAUUGAUAAAGUUGAGUAAGGUGAGGCUAUAGGUCCACUUCCUCCCUUCCUUGUGUACAAGUGUCCUAGAGCACUUUCCUAGUGUACAAGAACUUCUGGGUUUGAUCCCCAGCACAACAAAAAAUAAGCCUUCCCUAUACCACUUUCAUCAUUAGCUUCAAUUCAGUAAUAAGCAAAUCUUGGUCAAGAACUUCCAGUCUUCUGAAUUAAUUUAUUUAGCCCCUUGAAUGCCAAAUAGUCCAAGUGAGACCUACUUGAUAAGGGAUAUAAUAUGGACUCUGUGAGUUUAGUAAUUUUUUUAAAAUCUCUUUGGCAUCUGUAUUUUGAUGCUUUGCAUUUUAUUGGCAAUUUAGUUUUACAAUCUAAGUAGUGUGUACUGCACUCCAGCUCUGACUUCAAACACACACACACACACACACACACACACACACACACACACACAGUGACUAUUCUCUCUAGGACAUUAACCCAAGUUGCCAAUGACCUCAGUGUUCUAACACUUUUUCCACACUGUACAGAUUGAGUCAACAAAGAUUGAAGAAAUGGGUGUUAAACUGUUAACAAUUUGUGGCUGAAAACCAUGCCUAAAAUGGAUUAUUAAUUUCUUGUAUAACUCUCUUACUGGUUUUGAGAAAUCUUUCUUGGGACUUUAUAUUUUGGAGUUAGUAAAGCAUUUUGCUGUCUCUUUUUUUGUAUAAAAAUUGUAUUUUUUUUCAGUUGGGGUUUUUAACAGUUCUAUGUAAAUCUUUUAGUAAAUUUAUUUUUAAUGCAUGAAUAUUUAUAGGACACAUGCUACCCCUUCUGUAUAUUUAAGAACUUUUUAAAGCUAAUAACUACUUUCUAACUUAUAUUUUAGUGUAUCCUUUCUUUUAACAUAUGUAGCUUUGCUGUGUGUGGUGAUACACAUCUGUGAUCCCAGCAUUUGAGAGGUAAAGACAGGAGGAUCAAGUGUUCACAGUCAUCCACAGCUGCAUCAGGAGUUCGAGGCCAGCCUGGGCUUCAUGGGUCCCUGUCUCAAAAGCAGAUCCAAAAAUCACAUACAUAGUCUUUAUUGUUGCUCUCUGCUAAUAGCUCUACACUUGAUAUGUGUUAGAAAUCUGGCAGAUUGCAAGGCAAGUCAAACAGGUUCUUACCUGAAUUACUGAAGGUUUUUUGAAUGUAUAGAGUUAAUGCUUUAAAUCAAAUUAGAUGCAGUGUUGCAAAGAAAUAUAUAUGACACCUUAUUUUCUGUCUAGUGAAUUUCUAAAUAAUAUAUGUGUUUCUGUAAUGGAAAUUACAUUUUAGAAUCAAAUGUGUUGCAUUUCGUAUAAAGGAUUCUUUGUAUUGUUCUUGACAUAUGGAAUACUCUGUGCAGUUCUGUGACCUCUACUCAUGACCAUUAUCUCUAUUUUGUGUAAUAGUGGCAUAACAGAAAAUAGGAAAUCAAUUGCCUUUUCCUGUUAUAAGACGAUAGCCUUGUACAGCUCCUUAUCAAGAAUGAACACAGCUCCUUUAUGUAGGCUGGCCCUGAGUCAGGCAACGAUGAUGUGUGGUAGAUUAAAUGUUACCUCCUGGGACUAAGCUUACAUCUCUGCAAAAGUGUCAAUCAUUAAUGAGUACAGACUCCUCGAAGGACCUGUUUUUAAGUAUAAACAGUUUUAUUCCAGGUUUUAUAACAUGGAUAUCCUUUUAUCAAUAAUGAUGUUCUUUCCUGCUCAUUUACCCUCCUUGUUUUGUGUCCAUAAUAAAACUUCUCAGAAUUUUAAGCAGUCUUUAACUUGCACUUGACCUUUCUUGUUCCGUUUAUUGAGCUGUAACUAAUCAUUCAACUCACUCUUUUGAGCAUACAAUCCAGUGAGUUUUCAGUAGUAUUCACAGUUGUGCAUUUUCACCACAGCCAACUUCAAGACCUGUUCAUUGCCCACCAUAAACGAUCUCCAUUCCUCUGGCUAUCAGAUAACGCCACCCAUCCUCAGCCUUAGGCACCUCUCCCUCAUCCGCAUACAUGUUUUCUCAACCCACAUGUUGCGUGUAAUGGAAUCACACAGCUGAUGGUCUUUGCUGUCUGGUUGCUUUCACCGACCUAACGUUGUCAAGGCUCAUCCACACUGUAGCACGCCUUUUUCCUUUUUAGUGUGAAAUGUUCCAUCUCUAUCCCCUGCAGGUUCUGUCUCUUUGGUAGUGGUUCUCAACCUUCAUCAUGCUGCUGGUCCUUGAGUACAAUUCCUCAUGUUGUGAUGACCCCAACCAUAAAAUUAUUGUUGAUGCUAUGUUAUAACUGUAAUUUUGCUAGUUAUGAAUCAUAAUGUAAAUACCUGUUUUCUGAUGAUUUCUAUGAGAGGAUUGUUUGACUAUCAAAGGAAUCUCAACUUCCCCAGGUUGAGAAACUCUGCUCUAGAGAAACCUAAUAAUUGAGGCUCACAGUGUAUAAUAAAUAAAUCUUCAGGUUGAUACCUUC